AUGGAAUUCGACCCCAAGACCCCCCAAUAUCUCACCUCAGACAAGUCGAGCUUCGCCUCUGUCUCCGCCCAUGAGCGCUGGCCCAUCAUCAUCACCGGUGCCAUUGAUGAUCUGCACCGCACAGUCGGCGGUGUCAAUGACGAGGAGAAGUGCCGAGAGGGCAAGAGCAUCAUUGAGAAAUUAGCCACGCUCAAGUACGAGCUGCAGCAUGAUCGGCAGCUGACGCCCCUCAUCGAUGAUGGCCACUCCGAUAUUGCCCAAUAUAACGAGGAGCUGCAGCAGCGCGGAACCCCUAAAUGGCACAAUGUGGCGUGGCUCUACUCGGAGUGCUACCUCUACCGACGUAUUGAGACUUUCUUUUCAUUGUCCCAAUAUUGGAAGGGAUAUGACGUGUUUGCGCGCCAGAAGAUGUCUACCUUCAAGUCUUCCCGCCCUGCCGUGCUAGAGCUGGCUUCGCGAUACCGCGAACUAGCGCACGAAGCUGAGACUGGUAAAGGCCAGGAAGGCAGGUCGCCUUCAGAAAUUGAGCAAGCCGAAAGGCUUUUGUUCUCGGAGAUGUGUGAGAUCUGUCUGUGGGGCAAUGCGACGGACCUGUCGCUCCUGACCUCUCUCACCUACGAGGAUAUCCAGAAGCUGCAGGGCUCGCAGGCGCGCCAGACAUCGCAGAAGAACAUCCUCGUCAACGAUCUCGACGCUGCCUUCGCGGCGCUGCAAAAGGCACGCAGCGAGAAGAAAGAUGGCGAACGCCGCGUCGACAUUGUCCUCGACAAUUCCGGCUUUGAGCUAUUCGUCGACCUGAUCCUGGCCGGGUACUUGCUGUCUGCCGGACUGGCUACCACCAUCGUGCUGCACCCCAAGCGCCUCCCCUGGUUUGUGUCCGACGUGACACCAAAGGACUUUUCAGACCUGCUCAACACCCUCGUCGAUCCGCAGGCCUUUUACACUGCCCCCGACGACUCGGGCAAGACCUACCCGGCGCUGUCAGACACGGAGGUCUCAGACGUCCAAUUUCUUUUCGAACAAUGGAGCCAGUUCCACCAGGACGGCCAGCUGAUCGUCCGCCCGCACCAGUUCUGGACUACCCCGGGAGGCUACUGGCGCAUGCCACACCUUGCACCGGAGCUGUUCAAUGAUCUGAAGGAAAGCGAGUUGGUUUUGUUCAAGGGUGAUCUUAACUACCGCAAGUUGACCAACGAUGCCGACUGGGACCCCACCACCCCCUUCACGACUGCUAUCGGUCCUAUGGGCCCGAAGUCAGGGAUUCGUGUCUUGGCUUUCAGGACGUGCAAGGCUGAUACCGUCGUCGGUCUCCCGGCGGGUCUGGAUGAAAAGCUGCGGCAGAUGCCGAGUGGUGGUGGUUCGGAGGGCCGCAAGUGGGCAUGGAGUGGCAAGUGGGCCGUUGUUUCGUUCUCGGAUGGUCAGGUUUGA